GGGCAACUAGCAGAAACGAAACUUAAGGAAGCAGGAAGUGAAAUUGUGCCUGUGUCGCCCCCCCAUACGCACGCACGCCCACUCACACACUCGUGGUGAACACAACCUCAGAGAAGGCAGACGUUCCACAGAGGCAGCGAGGGACCAUCAAGAUGAAGAUGGGGACGGUGAAAAGAACUGCUUCGUCGUCCACCUUGAUGGUGGUGGUGGUGGUGAUGAUGAUGAUGGGCGUCAUGGAAACGUCCGGACAAGAACUCGGGGAUAUGUGGACCACAGCUGCACCGCCGGAUUUAAACGGGAGGAUGAUCACCUUGUUUUCUAAUGGUGGAGGAGUAGCAGGAGGAGUGUCCUUCUACCCGCCUUACUUCUCUUUCCGCCGGAACAACGCUUGGAAGUACCAGACCGGGAACUACCCGACCAGGGCCUACCCGACCGGGGCCUACCCGACCGGGAACUACCCGACCAGGGCCUACCCGACCAGGGACUACCCGACCGGGGCCUACCCGACCGGGGCCUACCCGACCGGGGACUACCCGACCGGGAACUACCCGACCAGGGCCUACCCGACCAGGGACUACCCGACCAGGGCCUACCCGACCAGGGCCUACCCGACCAGGGCCUACCCGACCAGGCAGUACCCGACCAGGGCCUACCCGACCAGGGAGUACCCGACCGGGGCCUACCCGACCGGGGCCUACCCGACCGGGGCCUACCCGACCAGGGCCUACCCGACCAGGAACUACCCAAGCUGGUCCUACCCACCCAGUUAUACGGCCUCGUCCAACCCCGGCUGGACUACAGAGGCCCCGACUACAGGUGUGACGGUGUGUCUGCGCUACCUGUUCGACGUUGAGACGUCGUCGCCCCGCAUCUUCACCGUCAGCCCGUCCAGCCCGGCCGCCUUUACGCUGUCCUCGGAGUACGACGGCAGCUACCGGCUGAGCUGGAGCUCGUCCUACUGGAGCUUGAGGCUGAAGGCCAACGUGAGGAUGUGGCCCGGCAUCAGGGACGACCUUUGGACCAGACUCUGCCUCACCGUGGACACCGUCCCUGGGGUCGUUCAGGUCUUCAGCGGAGCCUACAUGAGCGUCAGGAAGAUGGCGCCCAACAAGUACGUUUGGUCAGGUGAGCCCGUGAUCGACAUGACGGGCAUGGACGGUCAGGUGACGGACCUGCAGAUGUGGGAUUACCCGCUUUCGUACAACACCAUCCUCAACUACAUGACCCGGCCCGGCUACGGCUGGCCCACAGGCUCGGUUCUGACGUGGUCCAACAUCAGGUACUCGCUGAGAGGGCGCACCCUGGUGGAGGAGGCCUACCAGCACAGGCAGGCGGCUAAAAGCCACAAAAGCCAGAAGAGAAGUUGGAAGAACAAAAAGGAGGCGAAAGAACAGGGAAUAAAAUCAUUUGAAUGAUUAUUCGCCCUUAUUUUGACCCCUCGAUGGCAAUGAAAGUGUGUCAAUAAUUUCCACAACAAUGUGCCAACAUCUAAAAAACUAACACCCGAUUGAUUUGUUUCGCCUCAUCUUUUUACAAUGCUAUAUCAUCUUUUAUACACUUUUGUUAUCACAUAAUGGUAGAGAAUAAACACAUGGCAUAAGAAA